GGAAUCAAAAUUAUGGAUAACUCCGCUGUGAUAAUCGACAACGGCUCGGGUAUCUGCAAGGCGGGGAUAGCCGGGGACAAUGCCCCAAGGUCAGUCAUUACAUCCAUCGUAGGACGUCCCAAAGCCAAGGCGACCAUGCUUGGCGCUGGCCACAAGGAGUACUAUAUAGGAGAAGAAGCCCAAGCUAAGAGAGGAAUAUUGAGUUUAAAAUACCCAAUAAAACAUGGCAUAGUAACUUCCUGGGACGAUAUGGAAAAGAUCUGGCGACAUGUAUAUGAUUGCGAACUCCGUUUAAAAUCACACGAGCGCCCAGUGCUGUUGACCGAAGCCCCUCUGAACCCCUUGGUCAACCGAGAAACCAUGACCGAGAUGAUGUUUGAGAGUUUCAAGGUGCCUGCAAUGUAUGUAGCUGUCCAGGCGGUUCUAGCUCUGUACGCUUCAGGGCGAACAACUGGCCUGGUGGUGGAUAGUGGUGAUGGCGUGACUCACACAGUGCCCAUUUACGAAGGCUACUGCCUCCCUCACGCUGUCUAUAGAUUCGAUUUAGCUGGCAGAGAUAUUACCCAGUAUUUCGUCCGGAUUUUGAUGGAAGUUGGACACUCCUUCAUCUCUACGGCAGAGAGGGAGAUCGUGAAGGACAUGAAGGAGAAGUUGUGCUACGUGGCCAUUGACCCACAAAUGGAAAUGAGGAAACGGCGUGAAGAUAUCCAGAAGGAAUACAAGCUUCCUGAUGGAAAUGUGAUCCAGAUCCAAAGCCAGCUUUUCAGAGCCCCGGAGAUACUCUUUUCUCCAGCUUGCGUGGGUUUCGAAUGUCCGGGUGUGCACAGACUGGUCUUCAAGAGCAUCUUAAAAUGUGACAUCGACUUGCGGAAGUGUCUCCAUUCAAACGUCCUCCUCUCGGGGGGGUCCACGCUCUUUCCAGGUCUGGAUGAAAGGAUGUUAAAGGAGUUGCAGUCGUUGGCUCCUGCUGGAGUGCCGGUGAAAGUCAUCGCCCCUCCGGAGAGAAAAUAUUCUGUCUGGAUUGGAGCGUCCAUCCUGACAUGCUUGACUUCCUUUCAGGAAAUGUGGAUUACAGCUGCCGAGUACCUGGAGAUGGGAGCGUGUGUUGUUCACAGGAAAUGUUUCUAAGAACUACCGCUAAAA